GGUGCUUUCGGCAAUUGUCAAGCAUCGAUAAACGUUUAUCGGUGGAUACUGCUUGCUUGGCGGUUCUGGUUUAGAUUUUCCUGGAAAAACAGAUUGCAAGCGUUAGUUCUUAACGGGUUUUUGCAGAGUUUUGAACUGUUGUUUCCACAAGUUCCUUUGUUCUAUACCGAGAUGCAUGAGUUCAUGUUAAAUAUCGAUAACAAGGAGAUACUCAACGAGAUUCUUCAUCAUUCGGUGGACUACCUGAUCGGAACGCUGACAAAGGACGUUUCCCUUCUGGACAAGUUCUCGCAUAAAUAUGGCUUCGCAAAUCCUGAAGAGUUUGAAUCGGCGAUUAAAAUCAUCGCAAAUGCGUACCGACUGUACUGCCAGGAGAAGCUCACCGACACCGAGCUCUUGGGACACUUCUCCCAUAUGAGCCAGGAUCUGCAACAAUCCGUCGUUGACGUCGUGACUGCCCGGAAACCAGAGAUUAUGGCCUUUCUGGUCCGAGAACAUGACUCCCGCGAUGGUCGCCUGUUGGAGUCAUUCGAUUGGGACAUUCGCUUCAUCAUGGGUAACAGCAGUUUGGCGUCAUACCGAUCCCAAGUGGCCACUCUAGUCCUAAACUGCAUCGAAACCGAUGGUCAGAGAAGAACCAUCCACUUCGAAGUAACGCAACCACAACUAGAGAAUAUGAUUAAGGAGCUGGAAUCCUGUCAGCAGAAACUCAGCGCUAUGAAAGCAACGGAGAAUAAGAAUCAAGAGGAAGCUGCAAAGGCCUGAGAGCGGGCAAACGCUAAGGGCGGCAGAUAAGUACGAUCGUUUCAUUUUACUUUUUUAGAACUUAUUUAGGAGAAAAUUGAUAUGAAUGCUGAAAUUAGUUAGUAAGGACAUUAGACUUAGCGCACAAUAAGUUUGUAAGGAGAAGACGCAUAAAAUGAUAAAACUUCCUCAAAUGUUCACGAUGCAAUUAAAUACAUUCUGGAAAAUUAAGUGUAAACUUCGAAAGCAUUUUCCGGGAAAGUUGUCAUACAACAGACGCAUUAAAACAGGGCGUGUCAUCAGGUUUGCUUUUACUUAUGAACAGAGAAACUUAAGGGGGCGACUUGUUGGUAAAACGCCCCCAAUGACUAUUUUUUUCCUAAUUCUUAUUAAAAAAAACAACAGAAGAUAUCAAUUUGAAUUUUUUUGAUUGCUUAUUUAUUCAGGUUUAAAGUUGAGAUUUUGAUGGUCAAACAUAAUAACGAAGAAAAUGGCGGCCACACUCGUCGAACGCUAUAUAAAUAUGCGCGUCAUAAGUCCAGCGAAAAAUAUUAAUCGUAAACCAGAAUACAAAAUGAUUUCUUUUAGUUUUCAGUAAGAGUUAUUGCAUGAACCUCAACUUAGAUAAAAAUAUAAGUUCCACAAUUUAGUACAUUUUUUUAGCUACCUCGUAUAUUCGUUAAAGGAAUUUCAGAACCCAAAAGCUUAAAAUGAGGUGGAAUGGCAAGAAACCCUUGUUAUGAGUAAACGUUAUAAUUUUAUUUGUUGUCGAUAUGGUUUGGACUACAAAGUAGUGCUGCGACAUCGACAAAAAAUAUCGAUGUUUGAAUUAGAAUGUUUCGAUGCCGAUAAAAACAUCGAUUUUAGCAAACAUCGAUAUUUCUUUCAAUUUAUCAAUGCAAAGAAAGCAAGAUCUAAAUAAGGAAACAAAUAACAAUGUAUCUCGAAUAGAAAGAAAACCUUUAUUUCAUUUUUUUAUUAUAAAAGUAUUGAAACGAAACCCGGGCACUAUCGAAAUCAAUUAUGACCCCAAAAUGUUUUAUCUACACUUUUGAGGAAAAGUAGCUUAUGUAGUUUUUCUCCCAAGAGGCAGCUUCUCUUGCAGUUUGCAAUAUUUCCACUCGCUGAAAAAACGCGUUCACACGGAACAGAUGUUGCCAUAAUGCAUAAAUAUUUUUUGACCAUUUUCAGUAACGAUGGGUCCUGUAGAAAGAAGAUGAACCGAAUAAAAUGCAUUUCACAGCUAUUAUUUGUUAGAUUGUAAAUAUGCUGUAUAUACAUAUAAAUUUUUUUUUUAGCUAUCUUACCUUGUGAACGAUUUCAGUCCAUACCUCGAACGGAGAGUCUUUAAGUCGUACUACAGGCUGUUUCAAAUAAACUGAAAAUUUUGUGAUGAUCGUCCCAUAAGCUGUAUUCAUUUUCUGGGAUAAUAUUUAAUUUCAGAAGCUACUGGUCUCAUGUCUAUAUAAAAAGGAAUUUACCUUUGGACCCAGAAGAAUGAGAAGGUGCAUCGCUAUCGGAUUCUGACUCGAUUAAGUCUUUUCUCAAUUCAUUUGAUAGCUUCCGUAUAACACUGCCUAAUGCCGCUUUAUCGUCGAAAUGCAAAUUUUUGAAGCGAGGAUCUAAUAUUGUUGCUGUUGCAAAAAGCUGGUUGUGUUCAAUGUUAAGAAAUCGUUUAUUCCAUUCCGCAAAGAUGUUAUUCUUCAGGGAUUUUGCUAGGUCCGUUGUGAUUGAAGCUUCAGAUAUUUUUUUUCUUAAAAGGCGUACGAUCGGAAUGAUCAUACUCGACGUAACGAAUUUCUCACCACAUGCUUCUUUAGUAGCAACUUCGAUUGGCUUAAAAAGUAAUACAAAAUCCUGAAGGAAUUCUACAUCCUUCGCUGUUAUCAUUGGUGGAGCUGUUGUAUUAAAGUUUAUAAUACUGCUUACGAUUUCCCGAAGCGCCAAAAAUCGUUCCACCAUAUAAUACGUGGAAUUCCAUCUUGUGGAAACCGAUUGAAUUAAAGUCUUUUCAGUAGAAU